AUGUCUCCCUUCGAAUUUCUUACCCUGUGGGCUAUCUGUCAUAUCCUUCUCGCAGUUUACAACGUCUUCCUUCAUCCUCUACGCAAAUACCCCGGGCCAAUCCUCGAUGCCGUAACGCAGCUCCCGUAUGCCUACCAUAUGAUCAAGGGCGAUAAUGCCAAAUAUAUUGCUAGGCUUCAUGAAAAAUAUGGCGAUACUGUACGAGUUGGGCCACGCGAAAUCUCGUACACCAGCGCAUCUGCCAACCGAAUUAUCUUUGGCGGUCGGCCAACAGAGGAUACAGUUUUUGAGAAGAACCCAGUGGUCUGGCUGCAGGGAUCAGGAGAAAUCCAUAAUAUUUUCUUCGCUCGCCAUCGUGAACAUAUACGUUAUCGCAAGAUGAUGGCACCAGCAUUCUCAGAAGCUGCGAUCCGGGAACAAGAGCCUGUCAUCCAGCAGUAUGUCUCCAAAUUCUUGGAUGGGAUGCGCCAGCGGUCCGGCAAGGCGUUAUAUCCAGAUGCAAACGGAGUCGUUAAUAUCCAAGCCUGGUAUAAUUUCUUUGUGUUUGACGUCCUCAGUCGAUUAUCGUUUGGUACGACCGUGGGUUCUUUGGAUCAAGGUGAUUAUCACCCUUGGGUGACGGUCAUUUUCGGCGCAAUCAAGCAUUCACAAUAUGUUCAGGCAGCUCAUCGACUGCAGCCAUACCAUCGGCUGCUCGAGCUUCUUAUUCCAAAAGCAGUUAGCGAACCCUACGAUACACAUAUGAAGUUUGCCGGGAAAACACUACUGGAACGACAGAAGGGUGACUUCAUUGGUCGGGCAGACUUUGCCUCAUUCAUCCUGAAGGGAAUGACUGAGGAGGAGCUACUAGAUAAUGUGAACAUUCUAGUUACCGCUGGCGGCGACACAACUGCCGCAACGAUGACAUCGAUGACCUACUACCUGACGCACAACCCGGACAGCUACCGGAAACUAGUUGAUGAGAUUCGAGGAACUUUCCAGACCGAGGAUGAAAUUACCGUGUGCUCGGUUGCAAAUCUCAAGUAUCUCCGAGCAGUAAUUCAGGAGACUAUGCGAAUCCACCCGCCAGUCCCCGUAGGACUUCAUCGAGUAGCUCCUCGGAGUGGGUGUGCAAUUGAUGGUCGUUGGGUACCUGGUCAGACCUGGGUAUCCGUGGCACCACUGGCAGCGUACCGUAGCUCCAAGCAUUGGCGAGACCCAGAAAAAUUCAUCCCUGAGCGAUGGCUGGGAGAUCUCAAGUUUGAUUCUGAUCAGCGUGAGGUCUGCACGCCAUUUUCCAUUGGACAGCGAAGCUGCAUCGGUAUCAACCUGGCCAAAUUGAAUCUUCGAUUGGUCAUCGCUCGUCUGUUGUGGAGAUUCGACCUGGAAGCUUUGCCAGGUAACAUUGAUCCUCACGACCAUCUCGAGUAUGGCGUGUGGCAGGGAGAACCGCUUUGGAUUCAGGUGAAAGAAAUCACGAGCUCGUAA